UUAUGAUUAUUAUUAACCCUCCCGCCCACUUUGAGAACCCUGCCUACGAUCCUCCUUGUCUACUCUACUUUUACCCGUCCGUGGGGCCAAGGAGCUGAUUGUACGAAUAAUGAACAGCCAUGGGGCGAUAUCAUAUCCUUUUUGCCUGACCUACCUUGCUUCCUGCUUCCUGCUUCCUGAUCCUGGCAUAUCAUAUCCCAACACCUCCCCCGGAGCAAUCAAUUUCCGUGGCUCGAUUGAUGAAGGCCGCAUUCAUACGGUUAUUUAUUCAAUGUAUUUGGAACCGGGACCAACAUUCUUUUCAAAGGUUGCCAUUUUGCCCACAAUUCACGAGGGAAAAGAGGCGGUGCAGCAAUACAAUAACUUACAGCGUAAGAAGAAGAAUAUGGGGGAUAAAGGAGCAGCACCAACCUAUGUUUGAUCAGCUAACUUAUUAGUUAACUUAGAUGACAAGCCAAUCGUUGAACAGACUGGCCGUUCCGUU